GGGGAAAGAGGGAGCGCACGCGUGGCUCUGGGAGCUCGGGCUCCCCCCUAGCCCAGGACUCGUGCGGCGCCCCGCCCUCUCGCCAGCAAGGUCCCCGUCGCAGCCGAGAUCCGCUUUGGACCCGGGGAGAAGGCACGGUUUGGAAGGAGCCAGAAAGCAAAAGUGUUCCUGGUACCAGACAGCUGAAGUAAUGAGAAGGCAUCAUGGAGGCCCAGUCCCACAGCUCCCCGACCACUGAGAAGAAAAAAGUUGAGAGUUCUGUAGUGAAAUGCUCAACUCGAACAGAUGUCAGUGAGAAAGCCGUGGCCUCCAGUACUACUUCCAAUGAGGAUGAAAGUCCUGGACAGACCUAUCACAGAGAGAGAAGAAACGCAGUUACUAUGCAGCCACAGAGUGUCCAGGGGCUCAGCAAGAUCAGUGAGGAGCCUUCAACAUCUAGUGACGAGAGGGGCUCACUGAUCAAGAAGGAGAUCCAUGGGUCUCUGCCGCACCUGGCUGAGCCUUCUGUCCCAUACCGUGGGGCUGUGUUCGCCAUGGACCCCAGGAACGGUUACGUGGAACCUCACUACCACCCUCCUCACCUGUUUCCCGCAUUCCAUCCUCCUGUGCCAAUCGAUGCAAGACAUCAUGAGGGGCGUUACCAUUACGACCCAUCUCCAAUUCCUCCAUUGCAUGUGCCUUCUGCUUUAUCUAGUAGCCCGACAUAUUCGGACCUGCCCUUCAUUAGGAUCUCCCCACACCGGAACCCUGCUGCAGCUUCUGAGUCACCCUUCAGCCCUCCACAUCCUUACAUCAACCCUUAUAUGGACUACAUCCGGUCUCUGCACAGCAGUCCAUCCCUCUCUAUGAUCUCUGCAGCCCGGGGGCUGAGUCCCACAGAUGCGCCACAUACUGGAGUGAGUCCAGCAGAAUACUAUCAUCAGAUGGCUUUGUUAGCUGGCCAGCGCAGCCCCUAUGCAGACAUCAUUCCAUCGGCUGCCACCGCUGGCACUGGGGCCAUCCACAUGGAGUAUCUUCAUGCCAUGGAGAGCACCAGAUUCCCGAGCCCCAGGCUGUCAGCCAGGCCAAACCGAAAACGUACACUGUCCAUAUCACCACUAUCCGAUCAUAGCUUUGACCUUCAGACCAUGAUAAGGACGUCUCCCAACUCCUUGGUCACAAUUCUCAAUAAUUCUCGCAGCAGCUCUUCAGCAAGUGGCUCCUAUGGUCACUUAUCUGCAAGUGCAAUCAGCCCUGCCUUGAGUUUCACCUACCCUUCUGCACCUGUGUCUCUCCACGUACAUCAACAAAUCUUGAGCAGACAGCAGAGCUUAGGCUCAGCCUUUGGACACAGCCCUCCGCUCAUCCAUCCUGCCCCAACAUUUCCAACACAGAGGCCUAUUCCGGGGAUCCCUGCAGUGCUGAACCCUGUCCAGGUCAGCUCUGGCCCUUCUGAGUCCUCACAGAACAAGCCCACGAGUGAGUCUGCAGUGAGCAGUACUGGCGACCUGAUGCACAACAAACGAUCUAAGAUCAAACCUGAUGAGGACCUCCCCAGUCCUGGGCCACGGGGUCAGCAGGAACAGCCAGAAGUAACCACCUUGGUGAAGGAAGAAGGGGACAAAGAUGAAAGCAAGCAGGAGCCUGAAGUCGUCUAUGAGACAAACUGCCACUGGGAAGGCUGCACACGGGAGUUUGACACCCAGGAGCAGCUGGUGCAUCAUAUAAAUAAUGACCAUAUCCAUGGAGAAAAGAAGGAAUUUGUGUGCCGGUGGCUGGAUUGCUCAAGAGAGCAGAAACCCUUCAAAGCCCAGUAUAUGCUGGUAGUGCAUAUGAGAAGACACACAGGAGAGAAACCUCACAAAUGCACUUUUGAAGGUUGCACAAAGGCCUACUCAAGACUAGAAAACUUGAAAACACACUUGAGAUCGCACACUGGAGAGAAACCAUAUGUCUGUGAGCAUGAAGGUUGCAACAAGGCUUUCUCAAAUGCUUCUGAUCGUGCCAAGCACCAAAACAGAACACAUUCCAAUGAGAAACCAUACGUGUGCAAAAUCCCAGGCUGCACUAAGCGCUACACAGACCCAAGCUCCCUUCGGAAACACGUGAAGACAGUGCAUGGUCCAGAGGCUCAUGUUACCAAGAAGCAGCGUGGGGACAUACAUCCUCGGCCCCCACCCCCACGAGAUUCUGGCAGCCAUUCACAGUCCAGGUCACCCGGCCGCCAGACUCAGGGAGCCCUUGGUGAGCAGAAAGACCUCAGCAACACUACCUCAAAGCGGGAGGAAUGCCUCCAGGUGAAAACGGUCAAGGCGGAGAAGCCCAUGACAUCUCAGCCAAGCCCUGGUGGUCAGUCUUCAUGCAGCAGCCAACAGUCCCCCAUCAGCAACUAUUCCAACAGUGGGUUCGAGCUUCCUCUGAGCGAUGGAGGAGGUGUGGGAGACCUCGGUGCCAUUGAUGAAACCCCAAUCAUGGACUCAACCAUUUCCACUGCAACCACAGCCCUUGCUCUGCAAGCCAGGAGAAACCCAGCAGGGACCAAAUGGAUGGAGCAUGUAAAACUAGAAAGGCUCAAACAAGUGAAUGGAAUGCUUCCACGACUAAACCCCAUCCUACCACCUAAAGCCCCUGCGGUCUCUCCUCUCAUAGGAAAUGCAGGCACCCAGCCUAGUAACAGCUGCAGUUUGAGUGGGCCCAUGACUCUUCUCCCAAACAGAAGUGACUUUUCUGGGGUAGAUGUCACCAUGCUGAAUAUGCUCAAUAGGAGAGACAGCAGCACCAGCACCAUCAGCUCGGCAUACCUGAGCAGUCGCCGCUCCUCUGGUAUCUCCCCCUGCUUCUCUAGCCGAAGGUCCAGUGAGGCAUCCCAGGCUGAGGGCCGGCCCCAGAACGUGAGUGUGGCUGACUCCUAUGACCCCAUCUCCACUGAUGCGUCACGCAGGUCCAGUGAGGCUAGCCAGUGCGACGGCCUGCCAAGCCUGCUCAGCCUUACACCAGCCCAGCAGUACCGCCUAAAAGCCAAGUACGCUGCUGCCACAGGUGGGCCACCGCCCACACCACUGCCCAACAUGGAAAGGAUGAGCUUGAAGACCAGGAUGGCCCUGCUUGGGGACGGCAGGGAGGCCGUGGGGGCCCUACCCCCUGUCCACCCACCCCGGAGAUGUAGUGAUGGCGGAGCCCACAGUUACAGCCAACGCCCUCUUCUGCCCCAGGAUGCACUGGGCCAUGGUGUGAGAAGAGCCAGUGACCCAGUGAGGACGGUCUCAGAGAGCCUCUCACUGCCCAGGGUGCAGCGUUUCAAUAGCCUAAAUAGCUUCAACCCUCCAAUUUUACCUCCAUCCCUGGAAAAGCGUAACUUAGUGCUUCAGAAUUACACACGGCCCGAGGGUGGCCAGUCCCGCCACUUCCACUCACCUCCUUGUCCUCCGAGCAUUACUGAGAAUGUCACCCUGGAGUCCCUAAUCAUGGAGAAUGAUGUGAACCUGAACGAUGAGGAUUUCUUGCCUGAUGAUGUGGUGCAGUACUUAAAUUCCCAGAACCAAGCUGGGUAUGAACAGCACUUCCAGAGUGCCCUCUCUGAUGACAGCAAAGUGCUCCACAGGCCCAACUUGGGGAGUGGGCAUGGUGACUUUGACCAACCUGGAUUGCCAGACAGCCAUGCCAGCCAGCACUACGGUGAGCUAGAACAGCCCUGCCCUGAAGCCAGCAAAGCUGACCUGCCCAUUCAAUGGAAUGAGGUCAGCUCUGGCAGUGCUGACCUGUCUUCCUCUAGGCUGAAAUGUGGCCAGCGAUCCGCAGCUCAGCCAGCUCGAGCCUUUGGGUUAUACAACAACAUGGGUCCCCACCCACAAAAUCCCUUGGGAAAAGGAGCUGGCCCAGCAGGGGUCUAUCAGACCCUUGGGGAGCAGUGCAGCACCUAUGGCAGGCCAGAGCACCUGAUGGGCCACAAUGGUGGGACUGGCACCAACAGAAAUGCCUUCCAUGAACAGCCCUAUAAGGUCCAGCAGUAUGGGAACUGCCUCAACAGGCAGCCCAGGGUCCCCAGCUCACUUAACAGUGCCUGUGGUGCCGGGAUUCAAGUGACAAAGUUGAGAAGCACCACCAUGCAAGGGAAUGAGAACCAGUCCAAUUUUAGCCUGUCGGUGGUACCUAGUGGAUCAGCUGGCAGCACAGUGAAUGGCCUGCCAGUCCGAUACCCAGUGGGACAGGGGAACUUGGCUCAUCAGCUAUUCAGUGACAGCAUGCACCACCAGGGGACAGGCCGCCUGGGGCAGCAGAUACCAGGGCAGGUUAGCGCUACCUCACAUAUCAAUGUAUAUCAAGGGCCAGAGAGCAGCCUGCCAGGGCCCCCCAGCAUUGGGGGCCAGCCGUCAAGUUUGGCAGCUGUCAGGAGCUACCUGCCAUGUGCUGGUUAUGGAAGCAUCAGGCGCCAAGCUGUGCCGAGGGGCAGUCUCACUGUGCAGCACAGUGACACAAGUCAGACCUGCAGAGUCAACGGCAUCAAGACAGAGAUGCAAGGGCAGCCCCAUCAACUCUGUUCUAAUGUGCAGAGUUAUUCUGGUCAGUUCUAUGACCAAACCAUUGGCUGCAGUCAGCAAGACAUGAAAACUGGUUCAUUCUCUAUUUCAGAAGCCAACUGCCUGCUACAAGGGGCCAGCACUGACAACUCUGAAUUACUUUCCCCAUGUGCUAACCAGGUGACGAGCACAGUUGAUUGUCUCGACAGCCAUGACCUAGAAGGGGUGCAGAUUGAUUUUGAUGCCAUCAUAGAUGACGGGGACCACUCCAGCCUGAUGUCAGGUGCCCUGAGCCCAAGUAUCCUUCAGAACCUUUCCCAUAGCUCCUCCCGCCUCACGACGCCACGAACAUCCCUCCCAUUGCCAGCGUUGUCUGUGAGCACCACCAACAUGGCCAUUGGGGACAUGAGUUCUUUGUUGACCUCCCUUGCGGAAGAAAGCAAAUUCCUUGCAGUUAUGCAGUAGGCACUAGGAAAAAAGGACUGCCAACAAACAUGAACAUUUAGGAGUUGAGAAGAUUAAAUUUAGUCAGUUGGGCUGUUUUUGUUUUUUUUUUAGUUCUGUAUGUAUUUUAGCAAUCUCAUCUCAACUAACUGGGAUGUGUUUCAAGUAUAUUCCUUUUAUGGAAAAGGACUCUGAAAAACCCUAAAGUAUUCUAGGGAGCAGCUGUCUUCCAUUUCAGUUUGAGUCAGUAUUGUUACACUCGACCACCGUCUUUUUUUUUUUAAGUGUAAGUCUAUCCUCUUUAUUAGUAAACCAUUGUAAAUGUGUGAUGCACAUGUUCUUCUUUCUUUUUGGAGGCAGGUCAGAUGAAAGGAUUUGACAUGUUUGUCUGUUACUCAAAGGAAAUAGGUGUUGGUAUGCCUUUAACCAAGGGAGUAAAUGUCCACCUUUUAAAUUUUUCCUUUACAUGUGCUCAAUGUUUUUUAUAUUUUUUGUUGUUGUUUUUUGUUUUUCUAAUUCCCACACUGGGCACAAGAAUGGUUAGUGAGUGUAAGAAUCUUUUCUUGGUGAUCUUGGUGUGGCAUAGAUCCUAGAUUUUUGACGUGCUCCCAUCCCUAACUCAGUUCAGGGUAUACUUUUGACAGUUGCCACAAGUAGAAAUUUGGGGCUCUUGAAAUUAAAUAGUUUGCUCACAAUUUGGAUUUAAAAUUCUUUCUAUCCAUAGUAUACAUUGGGGCUGGGGAGUAAAUCUUUAUGGUCAGUUCUCAGUUAUCUACUUUGCCUCCUCUCCCUCUUUCUUCAUGAGAAUUAAGUGCCGUUCAGCAUUUCAGGGAGAGAGAGGAAGCCAGUUGAUGACAUUCAGACACAUUGCUUCUUUCAUAUGAUCUGGUAAGUUAGGUAGAUUAUAGAUUGAAGCUGUUAGGUAGAAUUAGUUUGGGGUAUAUUUAUGGGUUUGCUGUACUUGUUGAUUAGUUCCAUGUCUAUCAUUAUCGUAGAUAACUGAGGAUUGAUUAUAUGUAAUUCUAAGUACAUAAGUAUUUAAACAACCCCACAGCUGUCUGUCAUUAACAUACGUUAACCCCACUAUAGUAAAGGACUACUAUUCUAAACACGCUAUUUUCAAGGAUUUAUAAAAUUUAGUUGUAACAAAAAGAACUCACAUACAGUGAUAAUUAGAAUAAAUUGCUUCAACCAUUUCUGAUAUUUCAGAGACCAGGUAGGUUGUUUAGUAGCUGUAUGGAUGUCCCUUUAUACCCUAUCUAUUAAGUUCUGCAUCCACUUAAGAAGUUAAAUGUUCUCUGCCUUAGUCCUUGAUGUGGGCUUAAUCUAUCCUUUGUUUUAGAUUAACACACUUAAAUAUUUUAAAAGUGCAGCCACUUCCCAUGUGCUGUAAGUACACAUAAAAACAUACUAUGUGUGCACAGAGUACAUGGAUUAUCUACCAUUUUACUUUUUAAAAAAUAUAUAAACUAUUAAAAUAUUAACACCUGAGACUACUUGCUGUACUCUUCCCACUGAUCUUGGAACUGGAUUUAUCCAAAGUAACUCAUGGUUCAGUUGUGUGGCUUUUUACCUUUAUUACUUCCAUUUAAAUUAGCAUGAGAAAGACAAAACCAGGUAAAUAAAAUAUUAGAUAAUAGAACGUUAGGACCAGCCCAUUUUUCUGAUGUUUAUGUUCUCUUGGACCAAGUAUCUCAGCGUGGAGGUAAACGUCCCUUUGGGACUUUGUGGCUAAGACAAUUCGUUUGUCUUCAACUGAAUGGAUAUUCAUGAGAUUAGUAGAGGGCUGCUGAGAUUUCUCCUUCACAACCUGCCAUCCUCCCACAUGCGGCACCUUCUUUUAAAUCAAAGGAUGCAUCUGCUUUGGAACAGACCCCAGAAGCAAAAACCAGCUACCGAUCUCAGCUCAGUAGAGUCAAGUCUCUACCAGUUUUCAGUGGGAAAAGUAAAGCUUUUUCUGGAUUCCUCAAACAUGUUAUGAUUGAGUCACAAAAUUAGUGAUCUGUUCCUUAAAUUUUCUUUUUUCUAAUAACCUCAAAAUCCCCAGGGCCUAGUCUUACCUUUCAUGUUCUUGUGGUUUGGCCCAAUCCCUGUCCUUCUCUAUCUGAGUUCUUUACUCCUUGUUCCUGGAUUUGACCUGCAUUUCUCAAUUCCCCUAACUUCCUGUAACAUCUUUGCCCCACAUGGAAGGAGGGACAGCUGUUGGAAUAAGCACUGUUGUCAUCUUGUGCCUCUGCUUUUUCCUUUAGUUUCAGAUGAUUCUCCAGGUUGCCCUGUUUCUUUAUGUUUUCUUUUUAAGCUGGUUUUCCUUGCUGCUGUCUUUAGAUUUGCAGGAGACACUCAUAUUUCAACUCAAUAUGUGGAUUCUCUCAAUCUGGAAAUCUCAGGAGGAUGGAUCUGUUGUGACAUUCAGUGUUAGGAAGGUCUUUUGGGGACAUCUAGAAGUGUCUUGUCUGGACAUGGGUCUCUGUAGGCUUGGCAUCUCCUGUGGCAUAAUGCACUCUCUCCCCCUAAGCCUCCUCCAGCCUUCUCUCUACCAACUCCCUGGCGUCACAUCCUACUUUAUAAUGUAGGCUCAUACCUGGUAUUCCUGUUUUACAUCUUUGUUAAACAUUUUUAUAUGUCAAACCAUUUUGUUUUAUUUUCUAAAGAACUAAUUAGACUGGCCCUGCUCCUCAUACAUUAGCUUAUCCUCUUGAGCCACAGUUUUGAUUCUUAUGAUGUAUGUGCCUUAUUUUAUGUUAAUUGUGUCGAUGCAAGGGACCAUUUGGUGUUGCCCAAUUGGAGCUCACUGCUGUGCGCUUCCUAGCCAGCUGAGAGCAGAUGAUUGUAGUAGAGUCUGAGCUUUCUUGUAACCUCAUUUCCCAUGUUGUCUUUAACCGGUAGGAGGGUGCUCUCUUCUGACAAGUUACUGUUGCAUAUCCUGCAAGCAUGUAAGAUAAAAUACAAGUUCAUUUUUUCACUUUUUUAGAUUUUUAAAAAAUAAAAUGUGUAAUCCUUUUUAAAAGAAAGACGUGUAAAUACAUUUAAGUAUUGUAGGCAUAGUGUCCGGAUGUGGCUGGCCCCAGGCCCUCCUUGCAUCUUCCUGCAGCUGGAGCUCGAUGCCCCAUGCCCACCUCCAGCCCCAGGUGGAGCCGGGUGGAGCCGUCACAGAUGGACUUGACUUUUGCUUUCAGAACCACUUAGUCCUUUUGUAACAAAGAGCAAGAAC